AUGGAGCAGUCCCUGCUUCUUGAUAGCUCCCUGCGCAACUGGGUGCUCUUGCCCAUUACAUUGGUCAUGGUUCUUGUCGGUGUCUUCCGUCAGAACCUCCUCCAACUCCUCGAAGGCAAGCCCAAGUUCGGCACGUUGGCCGCAGCUCGGCAACAGUACGUACAUAACGCUACUUAUGCCAGAAACAUCCUGCAACGCUCGGCGACCUUGCGCAUGAACUACCCUGUUAUUCCUCCUGCCAGCGUUCAGAUCCGCAAGACGUUCCUCUCUCGCGUCCUGGGCGACGGCUCGUACCUCGACCCGGAGACCAAAAAGGCGCUGGAAAAGGCGAAGAACAGGAAGCUGGAUGAAAUGCCCGAAUCGCCCUUCAACGAGGCGAUGAUGGAAGGCAUGUUUGAGCAGGCCAAGAAGAGUAUGGUCAUGAUGAUUCCGCAGACGGUGAUUAUGGGCUGGGUCAACUUCUUCUUCACAGGCUUUGUCCUGAUUCGUUUGCCCUUCCCCCUGACGCAGCGUUUCAAGAUCAUGCUUCAGCGUGAUGUAGAUACCUCUGACUUGAGUGUGUCGUGGGUCUCGUCCUUGAGCUGGUACUUCCUCAAUCUGUACGGCCUGGACGCCAUUUACCGCUUGGUCCUGGGCAACUCACAAGUGGCGGAUUCCAUGCGUGAUAUGGCGGCGUUUGGCGGUGGCGCAGCGCUGGUCAACCAAACGCAAAUGCCCGGUCAGGUCGUCGAUCAUGCCAAGCUGCAUGAGGCGGAACGCGAUAGUCUUGAGCUGAUCGGCGCUGUGACGACCAAGGAUGUGACAUGGAUCGGCGAUGGCGUCGAGGAGCGUGUCCUGCAAUGGUACGCCUAA